AUGGUAAAGCCUUCACAAGUCAUGGUCAUCAUCAAAUACAUAAAAGAACACAUAUUGGAGAGAAAACAUAUGAAUGUAAUCAAUGUGGUAAAGCCUUUAAAUAUGCCAGUAAUCUCAGAGUACAUAAAAUAGCACAUUCUGGAGAAAAACCCUACAAAUGUAAUCAAUGUGAUAAAGCUUUUUCACAACACAGUAAUCUUCACAUUCAUGGAAGAACACAUUCUGGAGAGAAAGCCUACAAAUGUAAUCAAUGUGCUACAGACUUUGGAUGUGCCAGUAAUCUCCAAAUAUAUGAAAGAACACAUACUGGCAAGAAACCCUACAAAUGUAAUCAAUGUGAUAAAGCCUAUUCAGAACUCAAAACUCUCAGAAUACAUCAAAGGACACAUUCUGGAGAGAAACCCUACAAAUGUAAUCAAUGUGAUAAAGCCUUUUCACAACACAGAUAUCUCCGAAUACAUAAAAGGACACAUUCUGGAGAGAAACCCUACAAAUGUAGUCAAUGUGAUAAAGCCUUUUAUCAACACAGUCAUCUCCAAAGGCAUGAAAGAACACAUACUGGAGAGAAACCCUACAAAUGUAAUCAAUGUGGUAAAGCCUUUUCACAAUACAGUAAUCUUCAAAUGCAUGAAAGAACACAUACUGGAGAGAAACCCUACAAAUGUAAUCAGUGUGAUAAAGACUUUGCAUGUGCCAAUAAUCUCCAAAUACAUGAAAGAACACAUACUGGAGAGAAACCCUACAAAUGUAAUCAAUGUGAUAAAGCCUUUGCAUAUGCCAGUAAUCUCAGAGUACAUGAAAGAGCACAUACUGGAGAGAAACCCUACAAAUGUAAUCAAUGUGAUAAAGCCUUUGCAUAUGCCAGUAAUCUCAGAGUACAUAAAAGAACACAUACUGGAGAGAAACCCUACAAAUGUAAUCAAUGUGAUAAAGCCUUUUCUCGACACAAUCAUCUCCAAAAACAUGAAAGAAGACAUACUGGAGAGAAACCCUACAAAUAGAAUCAAAGUGAUAAAGCCUUUUCAUAAUAAUCACACACAGCUUGCCUACCAUCCCAGUUCUACUCCACAACUGCAGCUCUCCUUGGUCAUCCUACAGUCCAAGAACCUACCACCCCUUCAGGUGUCCACUGUACUCACUGACCUCUCAGGGCCUCUCCACAGGUGUUUCAAAUCUGUUACAGUGUCAUCGGCUCUUCAUGAGCCCUACAGUGUUGGAUUGACAGACCCGGGAGGACCCAACACCCGGUUCCCACGGCUCAGCCGGCCACUCCUCCCAGUCUGCAGAGAGCAUCCCCUCGCUCACCAUGGCCGGCCACUCCUCCCCCUCUGGGAACAGAAGCCCUUGAUCACCGUGUCGCGGGUGCAGAGAGCUCUAGCCUCAGCAGAACCCAAGGAACAACACAUGAGCCAACUUCCGAUUUCCUCAGCAGAAGAGCUAAGCGGGAACCCUAGCGUCGGGAGGAAGAACCCUUCCAUCUGA